AUGGUUUCUUGUUCCGUACCAGGAUGUGAUUCUUCCAAAAGGAAUAAUCCCCAGCAUUAUUCAUUUCACCAGUUCCCUAUAAAUCCGGAGAGCAGAGAAAAGUGGUUGCGGAUGUUAAACAGACCACAUUGGACUCCGCAUAAAUAUACUACGAUAUGCAGCAAGCACUUUCAUCCACACUGCUUUUCAGUUACUAUUGGUCAAAAAAGAAGAAAGUUGCGAAGUGGUUCUGUUCCUACUAUAAGUAUGCCGGUAGAAAUUCCUCUUCCACAUCUGUCAAUUGGAAGUGCUGGGAAGAAUGAUCUUUUCAGACACACAAAAACAAACAAACACGUAAAUUCAAGUCCUGGUGGAUCUAGCUCCCAAACAUUAUUAACAGAUUUAAUUUCAAACAAGAAUCUUGAACCAGUCAAAAGAGGAGAAAUUUUGCUAGCAGCGUUUAUAGCCGAACAUAAUAUUCCCAUGAACAUUAUGGAACACUUGCCACAAUUAAUAAAAAACAUGUGUCCCGAUUCACAAAUCGCAAAAAGUAUUAGUUGUGACAGAACAAAAACUACAGCUAUUGUAAAAAAUGUGACUGGCAUAACUGCAAAACAGAUGACAAUAGAAAAGUUACAAAAACUUAAAUUUUCUUUAAUCGUCGACGAAAGCACAGAUAGGGGAUGUGUUAAGCAUUUAUGCAUAGUAGCACGGUUUUUUGAAAGAAAAGUUGAGGAUGCAUUUGUUUGUCUCAUACCCCUUGAAGAGGCUAAUGCUGAAAAGCUACACAAACAUAUUAAAAAUUUUUUGAGUGACAAUAACAUCCCAAUGGAAAAUCUUAUCGGAUUUGCCGCUGAUGGUGCGAAUACCAUGAUGGGACAGCACAAUUCAUUAUCAUCCCGUCUAGUUGCCGAAAACCCUCACCUGUUUGUAUUGAAGUGUGUAUGUCACUCUUUCCAUCUCUGUGCAUCGUAUGCCUGCUUAAAAUUGUCAAGAGAGCCUGAAACUCUCAUACGAGACAUUUAUAAUUAUUUUAAUAACAGCCCCAAAAGGAUUGGUAUUCUAAAAGAGUUUCAGCAGUUCUUAGAUCUAAAGCCUCAUAAAAUCCUGCAUCCAGCUCAAACUCGAUGGCUUUCGCUUAGAGCAGCAGUUUGCCGUAUUCUAGAACAGUAUGGCGCUCUAAAAUUAUAUUUCACCGAAACCGCUCUUACGGAUCACUUGAAUGCUGAUUCGAUCUUGUUCAGAUUAAAAAAUCCAUAUAAUAAACUUUAUUUAGAGUUUUUGGAAUUUUCGUUAGAGAUAUUUAAUAACAUGAAUAAGCUGAUGCAGUCAGAGCGGCCGCAAAUUCAUAAAAUGCAUGAAAACAUGGUGACUGUUUUUAAAACUUUACUGGAAUGUUACAUGGACGACGGAUACGUUUCGCGAACUGAAGUCAGUUUAAUUCAAAUUGACAAUCCACGUCAUUACAAACCAAUAGAUGACCUUUACCUAGGAGCAAAGGUUUCAGCCUCUCUUGUCUCUACCACUCUACAUCAAGAAGAUAUUAAAGCAUUCAAGCUCAAAUGCCUUGACUUUUUUAUUGAAGGGGCAAAGCAGGUAAAAAAAAGGUACAAUUUCAGCAAUGAUGUGUUUAAACAAAUGCAGUUUCUUGACCCACAAGCUGUCAAGUCUCGUAGAAUUGAUUCAUUGGUCACUUUGGCAGUAAAGUUUCCAAAUUUGAUCUCACGUGAUGAAUUGCAACAACUAGACACAGAGUGGCGAUUUUUGCGCAAUAAUAAAGAUUUAGCGCCUGACGAUUCACAAGAUCUUGAAAGCUACUGGUAUAAGGUCACUGCAGCUCGUGAUCCUGCUAACUAUAGCAAUCAAUUAUAUCCUACGCUGUCGAAAUUUGUUUUUGCAAUCUUAAGUCUACCUCAUUCCAGUGCCGCCGUAGAGAGGAUCUUCUCAUCUAUAAAUUUAAUAAAGACAAAACAACGCAAUAGGCUUAAUACAGAUACUAUUGAAGGUCUUUUACAUACAAAGCAACUGAUUGGUGGUGCAAAACCUUGCUAUAGCCUAGAGGUUGAUAAUAAAUUACUGUCGAAAUUUAACAAAAAUAUGUACUCGUAG